AUGAUCGGCGGUCGAGCGAUACAGGGGAUUGGAGGCUCGGGCAUCGGUGUCCUCUGCGAGAUCAUCGUCUGCGACCUCGUCCCGCUCCGCGAGAGAGGUACCUACAUGGGCGCUGUCUUUGGCAUGGUCGGCAUCGGAGCCGCUUUUGGCCCUCUUUUUGGCGGACUGCUCGUCAGCUAUAGCAGCUGGCGCUGGGCUUUCUAUAUGGGUCUGCCCAUUGGAGGUGUUGCAGUUGUGCUGCUGUUUAUCUUCUUGCAGGUCAAAUACGACAAAUCCCAGACGUGGGCGACUAAACUAUUGGGCCUCGACUGGCUGGGGAACGCGCUCUUCAUCGGCGGCACCGUCCCGGUGUUGAUUGCCCUUGCCUGGGCAGGAGGACAAUACUCGUGGUCAUCUUAUCAGGUCCUUGUGCCGCUCUUUGUCGGUCUGGCUACGAUGGGAGCUUUUAUCGUGCUCGAGGGCAAUUCCCGUCUUACGCCAAAUCCCAUCAUGCCACUCCACCUCUUCAGUAAUUCAUUAACCUCCAUCGUCUUCCUCCUCACCUUUCUCCAUGGCGUCGUCACUAUGUGGGCACUCUACUUCCUCCCAGUCUACUUCCAAGGCGUUCUCGCCGCAGAUGCCUACAAAGCCGGCAUCUACCUUCUCCCCACCAUCCUUGCACUCCUCCCAGGCGCCAUCAUCGGCGGGCUGCUACUCAGCAAGUUCGGUCGCUACAAGCCCAUCCUCGGCUUUGCCUUCACCUUGGUCGUCAUCGGCUCUAGCGUCUUCACGCUCCUCGACGAGAACUCGAGCACAGGCGCCUGGGUGGGCUUUCAGGUGCUUGAGUCCUUCGGCGCGGGCUUUUGCGUGGGAGCCCUGCUCCCAGCGCUGCUGGCCACGCUGACUGACAAAGACACGGCGCUGGCGACGGCCACGUUUGGCUUCAUGCGUAGCUUUGGUAUCAUGUGGGGCAUCGCCGUCGCCGGCACCAUCUACACUCACCGAGCCGCACAGCUGGCCGGUGCAGGCGCCAUCAGCGACGCAGCAGUGGCCGCCGAAUUCAAAGCGGGUGGAGCAUACGGGGCCGCUGAAGUAGUGUUUCUUGACAAACUCUCAGCACAGACGCGUGCUCAGGUUAUCUCUGUGCAGAGCACCGCGCUUCAGCGGUCCUGGCAGGUUGCUAUUGCCUUCGGCGCGGUGGGGCUCAUCGCUGCUGCUGUGAUGAAGCAGGUACCGCUCAGGAUGGAGAACAAGACCGACUUUGGCAUGGUAGAUAAGACUGAUAAGCUUGCCGAGGAGGAGGCAACAGGCGCGACAGAAAAGGAGGUUCCUGCAGCCGCAUCGUGA